AAUGAACCCCAGCGCAUACAACCCAACAACUUCACCAGUCUUGGCAAUGCUCUGAGCUCUUCUUCUGCUAUUCAUUAUUCAUUGCUCAUUCUUUGACCUGACUGUCUGCUAAUUCAUAUUGCCUAUGCCUCGCACGAAACUUCCUGGGUCGAAGCUUACACGGGCCCCGUUGAAUGCUCAUCGAUCCUCGCCGCGUCCUGUACCAAGAAGGAAGACGAGGAACGAGAGUAUCCCGGUGGCAAAUGCUACGUCUAUAACACCUGUUCAGCCGGCUGGAAGGCGGUCAUUGACGCCAAAGCCUCCGAGUGAAUUGCAGGAGAUAAAUUCCAACAAGGCCAGUCCAAGACAUCUCGGAACCCUCGGACUCAUUGCAGAGGAGAAAAAGAGCGCUGAACCUUCAUCCUCACUUGUGUCACCUCCGAUUACGCCUCCUGACCCACCCUCUGAUAAAGCAGGUAGUGCAAAGAAAGAAGAAGUCGAGAAGACGUUGGAUGAAGACCAUCCGGUGCAGGAGCCAUCAGGAUCAGCUGGCCAGGCUCCCCAUACCAUAUCGAAGAAAGGCAAAACCCUUUCACCGACGGAAACUUUAGAGCGGACUGUCCGACCCAAUCUCACGCCGGAAAACACUGAACCUGAUGUAGGGCUAGCGGAGAAGGUUGUGACAUGGUUGAGGGACGACAGAGAGAGUAGUGGAAGUCCAGAAUUGCCGUACAUACCAAAGCUUGUCGAGAACGUCAUGAUGCCAAAUCCAAAUGAUGACUACAAGUACGACAUCCUGUUUAUGCGGAUGAUCCCGGACCUUUGUGCUCAGGACUACGGGAGGAUGCACUCCAUCCCGGGAUUGAACUUAUUUCCAAUGACUCUUGUCGUCAAGAAAAAGCCUCAGGAGGAUGAGUGGCUUGAUCGAAUGACUUUUGAGGGGUGCAAGAAUCGCGAGUUUCUUGAUAAGUACACGGAUUACAAAGCAUAUCUCUGGUAUGAGGGUGAAGGGAAGAGGAGCUAGGAAGUUACUUUAAGAAACGGCUUGAGUAUGAAUGCGGAGAUGGCUGUUACUUGCCGAGGUGGUGGAGAGCGGGUGGGAAACGGAACGGACAUCGAUGACUCAUGCAACGGACCACAAACCGGCGUUUUUAUGGCCAUGGACAUUAUUAGAAUGAACUUUGAUUAAACCACGUAUGUAAGAAUCGCGUGCUGUCAGCC